GCUCAGCAGAUUUUUAAGAGAUAACUGUAGUAACUGACCUGAGGCUGUAGGAGUGCAGCUAAACCUGUAAAAUGGAGGUGAUCUACAGUGUUUUGGGCCUGGAGUGGAUAGACUCUAGGAGUGUUUUAAUAUUUUUAUGUGUCUUUCUGUUGCUGAGCGAUAUUUUGAAGAACAGAAAACCAAAAAACUUUCCUCCUGGACCACACGCUCUUCCUUUUAUUGGAGAUCUUCAUCGUAUCAGACCUUCCAGAAUUCAUCUGCAAUUAUCAGAGUUUGCAGAGAAAUAUGGAAACAUUUUCAGCCUUCACCUGUUUGGUGAACGGGCAGUGAUCAUUAAUGGCUACAAACAGGUGAGAGAAGCGCUGGUCCAACAAGGAGAAGACUUCAUCGACAGACCCGCCAUACCACUCUUCUCAGAAUUUUUUAUGAACAAAGGCCUUGUAAUGUCUAAUGGUUACCCAUGGAAGGCUCAGAGGAGAUUUGCUCUUCAUACCCUAAGAAACUUUGGUCUGGGCAAGAAAAACAUGGAAGUGUACAUCCAGCAGGAGUGUCAAUACCUCACAGAGGCAUUGGCUAACCAGCAAGGAAAUUCUAUUAAUGGACAGAAACUCAUAAACAACGCUGUGUCCAACAUCAUCUGCUGUUUGGUGUUUGGGAGUCGAUUUGAGUACAAUGACAAGCAGUACCAGUCUAUUCUCCAGAGCUUUAAUGAUAUUAUACGCUUACAGGGAGGAUUGGCAGUUCAGCUUUUCAACACAGCUCCCUCACUCAUGAGAUGGCUGCCUGGAUCUCAUAAGGAAAUAUUCAUUCUGAUACAGAAGAUAAUUGAUUUUGUUGAGAGUAAGAUCAAAGAACACAAGGAGGACCUGGACCCUUCAUCUCCAAGAGACUACAUAGACUCCUUCCUCAUUGAGAUGGGAGAGAAAGAGGACAAAGAUUCUGGUUUUGAGCUCAGUAAUCUGAGUAUUUGCACUCUUGAUCUGUUUGGUGCUGGAACCGAAACGACCACAACGACUUUACACUGGGGGCUGCUUUACAUGAUCUACUACCCUCAUAUACAAGAGCAAGUCCAGGCUGAGAUCGAUGCAGUGAUUGGUCCAUCUAGGCAGCCCUCUAUGACUGACAGAGAAAACAUGCCGUACACUGAUGCAGUCAUCCAUGAGAUACAGAGGAUGGGAAACAUUGUUCCACUCGGCGUGGCUCGUAUGGCAAACAAAGACACAACCCUGGAUAAAUACACAAUCCCAAAGGGCACCAUGAUAAUACCCACACUUAACUCUGUCCUACAUGAUGAGACAGAGUGGGAGACUCCUCACACCUUCAACCCUCAACACUUUUUGGACCAGGAUGGUAAAUUUAGGAAGAGAGAUGCUUUCAUGCCCUUCUCUGCAGGUAAGCGUGUGUGUCUGGGGGAACAGCUGGCCAAGAUGGAGUUAUUCCUGUUCUUCACCUCCCUCCUUCAGAGGUUUUCCUUCUCAGCUCCAGAAGGAGAGCAGCCCAGUCUGGAGUUCAGACUGGGAGGAACUCGUUGUCCCAAACCUUACCGCCUCUGUGUGGUACAACGCUGAGCCAUCAGUUGUCCAAGAAUGAGCACAAUUACACUGAAAAAAAAUUAUAAACACUUUUGAUUUUGUUCCUAUUUUUUGUGAACUCAAAGAUCUGAAACAUUUCACAAAAAACAUCAAGUACCGUUCUCAAAUCUGUGUUAAUGAGCACUUCAUUUUUUCCGAGAUGAUCCAUCCCACCUCACGGGUGAGUCAUGUCAAGGUGCUGAUUAGACAGCAUGAAUUUUGCACAGGUGUGCUUCAGACUGGCCACAAUACUCAGUUUUAUUUGUGUGACUUAAGAUUAAAUUUACAAAAUUUACAUCUUUUGCUUUUAUGGCAUUCAAAGUAAAGUGGCUGAAUGUGUUAUCUUAAAAGUGUCAUGGUAAAUCACUAAUGCCUCUAAAUCCAAGGAAAGAAACUCUGUGGGAAAAAUCUAUGUGCUCACUUUUAAUAUUAAUUUUUCUAUACGUUUUGUAAAUUGUAAUCUGUGUGGAUUUAAUAUUUAGUUAUAUUCUAUAAUUGUAAUGUCACUGAUAAAGUUUGCUUAAAUUAUAAUACCUUAGUAACUUAUGAUUUAUUAUUUACUAUACAGUAAGAAAGUAAGAACUGCCAAACUGAGCUGUUGUGUGCUUCCUAACCUCAGUGAGAGUACAGAGAAGAGGGAAAACAACCAAUAUCCACAGCCAUUUUGGACAUUUGACAGAGAGAACAUAUGUGUAGACAUGAAUUCCCACUAUUAAAAAUAAAAUGUUCCUUUGGAAGUUGUCCCACUUUGUUCAAAGUGAUUUUAUAUGCUGAAUAAAUAUCCCAUUACCUGACUCU